UGUGCGUGUGAAGCUUAUCACUUGUCGAAUUUGACUCUUUUUUAAGCUCAUUGCUUCUCUUAAUGUUUACGUGUACUUUUACUUCAUUUUAUUUACGGUAUCUAUUUUAGAAAUUAUGUAUCGGUCAAACCGAUACGUACCAUGUACUUCAAAAAAAAAAAAAUAAAAAAAAAAUAUAGAGGGAUUACCACGAUCAAACAAAGUGAGUGACGGACUUAGAGGAAGUGAUAGGAAGAAAACACUCCAAGUCCAAACUCCACCGUCGAUGACACCCAAAUAAAUCAAAAUGAACGGCACCGGCGAAAACUCAACUCCGGCAACCUUCGAUCACAACGAAAUCCAGCAAAAUCCCCAAAUUCUCAACCCCCGAAUCCCCAACCCUAACCCUAACAAUUUCCCCCACUCAAAUUCCCACCAUUACCAUCACAUUUCUCAGCCCCAGCAACAGCAGCAGAGCAACCGCCGUCCUCGAGGCUUCGCCGUCACCGCCGGAAAUUCCUCCGGAAGCAGCGAUGGUAAAGGGAGGAGAGAGAGAGAGAAGGAAAAGGAGCGAACCAAGCUUCGGGAGCGUCAUCGGCGAGCCAUCACGAGCCGCAUGCUUUCCGGUCUCCGGCAAUACGGGAAUUUCCCGCUUCCUGCUCGCGCCGACAUGAAUGACGUGCUCGCCGCUCUUGCUCGGGAAGCUGGUUGGAUGGUUGAGCCUGAUGGCACUACUUAUCGAUCUUCUCCUCCACCUUCUCAGCUGGGAGGGCUUCCUGUUAGGUCAUCUGAAAGUGCCCUUUCUGCUAGUUCUUUGAAGAAUUGUUCCAUGAAAGCAUCAUUAGACUGUCAGCCAGCAGUUCUUGGAAUUGAUGAAAAUUUGUCACCAGCAUCUCUUGAUUCUGUUGUCGUUACAGAGAUGGAAACGAAAAGUGAGAAAUAUAGCACGAGCAAUAUUGACUCACCUGAAUCUUUGGAGGCACAUCAGUUGAUACAACAUGUUCAAUCAGACUUUCACGAGGAUAAUUACUCUGGAACCCCACAUGUUCCUGUGUAUAUUAAGCUCCAAAGUGGCAUCAUCAACAGUUACUGCCAGCUUGUUGAUCCUCACGGCAUUAGACAGGAGCUAAAGCAUCUGAAAUCAUUAAAUGUGGAUGGUGUCGUUGUAGACUGUUGGUGGGGAAUCGUUGAAGGAUGGACUCCACAGAAGUAUAUGUGGUUGGGAUAUCGGGAGUUGUUUAUGAUCAUCCGAGAAUUUCAGCUAAAAGUACAGGUUGUGUUGGCUUUUCAUGAGUAUGGAGGAAGCGAUUCUGGUAAUGUAUUCAUCUCACUCCCCCACUGGGUCCUAGAGAUUGGGAAAGACAACCAAGACAUAUUCUUCACAGAUCGCGAAGGACGGAGAAACACUGAAUGUCUAUCAUGGGGUAUUGACAAAGAACGAGUAUUAAGAGGAAGAACUGGUAUCGAGGUUUACUUUGAUUUUAUGAGAAGCUUCCGUUCAGAGUUUGAUGAUAUAUUUGGUGAUGGUCUUAUCACUGCUGUUGAAAUUGGUCUAGGAGCAUCAGGGGAGCUGAAGUUUCCUUCUUUCCCAGAAAGGUUGGGAUGGAGAUAUCCUGGUGUUGGUGAGUUUCAGUGUUACGACAGAUACUUGCAACAGAAUUUAAGGAAGGCUGCAAAAUUGCGUGGCCACUCAUUUUGGGCACAGGGCCCUGAUAAUGCAGGGAAUUAUAAUUCAAGGCCACCUGAAACUGGGUAUUUCUGUGAAAAAGGUGAUUAUGAAAGCUACUUUGGACGUUUUUUCUUGAACUGGUAUGCUCAGAUGUUGAUAGACCAUGCUGACAAUGUAUUAUCAUUGGCAAGCCUCACAUUUGAAGAAACACAGAUAGUUGUUAAGAUUCCGGCAGUCUAUUGGUGGUACAAGACCCCUAGCCAUGCAGCUGAGCUUACUGCAGGGUACUAUAACCCAACAAAUCGGGAUGGAUACUCUCCUGUUUUUGAAGUUCUCAGAAAGCAUUCUGUGACAAUGAAAUUUGUAUGCCCGAGAUCCCAUAUUUAUUUUCGGGAAAAUGAUGAGUCAUCUGCUGAUCCUGAAAGUUUGAGUUGGCAGGUAUUAAAUACAGCCUGGGACUGUGGUUUGACUGUUGCUGGUCAAAAUGCUGAUCCAUGUUUUGACAGGGGAGAACACAUAAAAAUGGUUGAGACUUCAAAGCCAAAUAAUGAUCCCGACCGCCGCCAUUUUUCAUUUUUUGUGUUUCAGCUACCAUCUCCUUUCGUUCAGAGAACAUAUUGUUUUUCAGAGUUGGACCAUUUCAUCAAAAAUAUGCACGGAGAAAGAUGUCAUCAAGAACCUGCUCAAGCCUAGUGUACGGACUCCUUGAAAUGUCUCUUUUAAAGAUUCCUGAUUCGAACACAACCUUUGCUCGAACCCAAGCUAGCUGCAAGCUGAGAUUUGGUUAGAAAACAUGGUAUGAUCACUGUUGCAAAGUGCUGAUGUAGAAGUGUAGAUCUGAGGUGAUGUAAAACAAUAUUUCAAGGAAUGAAAUUGGAAGUUUUCAAGUAUGCAAAAGCCAA